AUGGGACUGAAUGCACGGUAUACCAGUGCGGGCAAACGGCGCCCUCACAUGGGGAAGGCCAAAGUGAACAUGGCGAAGCGGCGCCCUCACAUGGGGAAGGCCAAUGUGAACAUGGCAAAGCGGCGCCCUCACAUGGGGAAGGCCAAUGUGAACAUGGCGAAGCGGCGCCCUCACAUGGGGAAGGCCACUGUGAACAUGGCGAAGCGGCGCCCUCACAUGGGGAAGGCCAAUGUGAACAUGGCGAAGCGGCGCCCUCACAUGGGGAAGGCCAAUGCGAACAUGGCGAAGCGGCGCCCUCACAUGGGGAAGGCCAAUGUGAACAUGGCGAAGCGGCGCCCUCUGAUCCCUGGGAGCUGCUAUUAA